AUGAUCGACACCUUUGAAAUAAUAAAACUGUGUUCUUCUGAACACAUUAGUAGUCACCUAAUUAAAAUGGGAUCUUAUAAUAUAUUAUGUGACGUGCCUUUAGAUAUGAAUGAAAUAUUAGAAAUGCGUGAUGAAAUACCAAAGGAGGUCAAUAAAAACAACAACAAUAAUAAUAAUAAUAAUAAUAAUAUUGAUGAUGAUGAUGAUAAUUCACAUAAUGAAUUUACAUCUUGUAAUUAUGACAAUAGACAUAAUGAUGAAUACAUAAAUAUCAGCAAUUUAGAAAGUUCUUCAUCGCUAUCAAAAAAAUUAUUAUUAAACAUAAGUUAUAUUCCUAUGAAGAUUCAUAUUAUAUUAAUAUCAUGUGUAGAAGGUUUUAUGGGGUUACCAAUUUUAUGUAGAUAUUUUGAUUUUAAAGAUGCACAUAUAAUAACUACUAAACUUGUAUUUACUUUUUCUAUGUGUGCUGUAGAAUGCCUACAAAAAGAAGAGAAUUAUAUACCUGAGUGGGAUGAUGAAAAAAUAAAUAUAAAAAAUAUGGAUACAUCACAAAUAAAGAAUGAAGAUUAUUUUCAUAAGAAAUGGAAUUUUAAAAAUUCUUUACAUUUAUUAUCUUAUAAAGAAAAUGUUUCAUUUAAACAAUCUGAUGAAAUAUUAAAUAUUAUCCUUUGUAGUAGUGGGCACUCCUUAGGUAGUGCAAAUUUUUUUAUUUCAACAGAUUAUAUAAAUAUAUUUAUUAUAAAUAAAAGUUCAUAUAAUAUUAAAAGACAUACAUCUUCUUUUGAUACUACUAUGAUAAAUAAAUCUAAUUUUAUUAUAUUCACUUCAUUCUUAUCAACAAAAAGCUUACAAUCUUAUAUCGAUCAAACAAAAAAUGAUGAGAAUAACACAUCGUUCUCUCAACAAUGUAAUGAGAAUAUAUAUCAUAAUAAUAAUAAUAGUAACAAUUCUUAUGAACAUCAAAAUAAUGACAAUCAUAUUGGUAGCAAUAAUAAUGCCAUACAUUCGACUACAUCUAACACAUCACAUUUUUAUAACAUUAAAAAAUUAAUAACACAGAAAAUACAAAUACAUAUAGAAAAAUCAUAUAAAGAUAGUUUAAAUAAAAUAUGCUCACUUGUAUUAAAAACUAUAAAAAAUAAAGGAUGUGUAUUAAUACCCGUUGAUUUACAUUAUCUAUAUUUUAUAGAGUUAAUUGAAUUGAUAGGAGUUAUUAUAAGUAAACAUCUGCCAAAAGAACAACAGGUCUUAAUCUUUAGUGUCUUGUCAAAUAUUCAAGAUGUCAUUCAUCAAUUAAAUUUAUGUGCUGAAUGGGUGGAAGAAUCACGUAAAAAAAAAUGUAGUAAAAUAUUAAAUCCUCAAGGUCCAUUUUCUAUAGAUAUUAUGAUUAAAAAUAAUAGAUUAAUUAUAGGGAAUAAUAUUAAUGAUAUAACUAAACAAUUUAGAUAUCCAUGUGUUUGUUUUAUUCAGGAUUCUUCUUUACGAUUUUUUGAAGCUUCAUUGUUAUUAGAAAAAUGGGGCAAUGAACAAAAUAAUGCAUUAAUAUUAGUAGACCCUUUUUAUGAUCCUAUAAAAGUUCUAUAUCCUUAUAAAAUAUAUGAAAAAAAAAUAAAUGUCCAUUUUUGUCCCCUUGCAUGGGAUCUUAAUGAGUAUCAUAUAAAAGAUAUAAUUAUGAGCAAUCAAAAAAAAAAGGGUAAUCUUACAAAGGAUAUAUCUAAUAAUAAUAGUAAUAAUAACAGUAACAAUAAUAGUAAUAAUAACAAUAAUAAUAAUAGUAACAAUUCAGAUAACUGUGUUUAUAUCAUGCCUGAGACCGCUAAUCAUAUUUUUACUCAUAUAUUUCAAAUGUCUAAAAACGAACCAUCAUUAUCAUCUCAAAAUGAUACAGUUCAAGAACACAAUACAAAUUAUAAUAAUCAUAAUAACAACAUAGAUAUAGAUCAAGACAUUAUGAGCAAUAUUCUAUUCAUUCAACCCUUUGAAAAAAAACAAAUAGCAUUCGAUAAAUUCGAAAAUUUCAACCAAAAAAUGAUACCUGUACGUUUUUCUCCACGUGAAACCAAAAAAUUAGAAAGGAUUCUUAAAAAGGUAGAUGAUUUUUUCUGUGCAAAUAUUAAAGGUCAAUAUACUUGCUCAUUCAUUGGAGACUAUAUAGAUGAAGAUCAUAUUGAAGAAUUUAAAGUAGAUGAAAUAGACGGACAAAAUAAAUAUGAAAUAAUAAACCAAGAAACACAUGAUAUUUCAAAUGAGAAAGAUCUAUACUUAAAUGAUCAACAAAUUAAAUUAAUGGUAGGCUCUAUAAAUGUAGAUAUCCUUAUAAAUAAUUUAAUGCAUUAUGGAUUUGAUAAAAAUGACAUACUUCUUCAUUAUCAACAAAAAAAAGAAAACCACAAUGACACAAAUAAUAAUGUUAUAUGGUCCAUUACAAUUGAAUCUAUUAAAUCACAAAUUAUUUGUCACGAUAAAUAUGAUAUUGAGGUGUGUACAAAUAAUAUGGAAUUCAGAGAGACCAUUAAGGAUAUACUAAGCAAAAUAGUAAACCACAUAAUAGAAUGA